AUGGCCAUUUUUAUGGACGAUGCUCCUCAUGUUGCGGGAACGGUCAUCACUGUCAUGCUAUUAGCAUACAUAACAUUUGGCCUUCGAGUCUACACUCGUAUCACGAGGCGAUCAUGGGGUACGGAAGAUUGGCUGAUGACUGUGGCAGCAUUUCCUCUUCUGGUCCUAUCGAUAGCAUGCAUCCUUGCAUCGCUUUAUGGCGUUGGCAUACAUCAAUGGAGGCUGGAAUUGGCGGAAAAUGUCCACUACCAAGUAGACGGUCUAUUUUGGUUUUUCCUGUUCGAAGUAUUUUAUUGCGUUGCGAUCAUUCCCAUCAAACUCAGUAUCUCUUUCAUGCUUGUGCGCAUUGCUGAAAACAAAUCCUGGUUUGUAUGGUGUCAGUAUGGCAUCAUGGCAAUGUUUACCACAAUGAAUCUUAUUGCGGCACUCUAUAUCAUCUUCCAAUGCAGUCCCGUCUCUGCUGCUUGGACCGAUAUUGGUACUUGUCAACCAGCCUACAUUUUGGCCGAUAUCUACUAUGCUACGACGGCCGUCAAUAUCUUCACGGACUGGGCUACAGCGCUGAUGCCUAUCCCUCUUCUGUGGAACGUCAAAAUGAACACAAACGCUAAAAUUUCUGUUGGUGCUAUCUUGGGUCUUGGUAUCUUUGCAUCGGUCAGCGCCUGCAUUCGUCUGAAGUACACAGUCAACUUGACGUCGUCAACUGAGUACCUCUAUGGUCUUUCCAACAUUGUGAUUUGGGGUUACUGUGAAAAUGGUAUCGGCAUGUUUGUUGGCAAUCUGUCGACACUACGACCAUUAUUCCGUCGCAUUCUCGGACUCGGCGGCUCCAGCGGAGGUACUGCACCCAGUGGCAUGACCCCAAACGGUUUACCCAGCAAGGUUACGCAUCCGUACAGAUCAUUCGAUGCGGGCCAUGAACUCGGAACACUGCACUCUACGAAAGAGAAGAACAUGAAUUCCACUCAAAUACAAGGUGGUGACCGGAGUAGUGUAUCGAGCGAUGGCGAUAGUCAAAAAGUCAUCAUGGAGCCUGGCCGGGGCACUUCUCGAGGGGCGGCUCACCCUUACGUGCCGGGCGGUAUUGUUGUGAGCCGACAAAUUGACAUCCAACACCAUUGA